AUGUUCAAUACAUUGGCGUCUCUCGACCAUUCGGACGUCUUCGGUGACGUCGCGUCGACGGCGCUGGACGAGUUGAUUCGAAAUUCGGCAGCUGCAAUCAGUGGUCACAGCAGUCUGUCCGGCAUUCAGCCGAUGACAGGCUUGAACGGUUCGCAAUUUACGCAGUCGAACAACUUGACGAACUCACAAGACGCUCCCAGUCGAGGACGCAAGAAGAACUCGAGUAUGAACCUCGUCUGCGUUGUUUGCGGCGAUCAGGCUUUUGGAAAACACUAUGGAGUAAAUGCCUGCAACGGAUGCAAAGGUUUCUUUAGGAGAAGGAUAAUUUCUUUAGAAAUACCAAAUGGGUCUUUCUAUGUACCAAGUGAAUCCUUCUAUAUACCAAAAGCUCCGCUCAAUGCUGCAUUUGAAGAGGGUGUUAAUUAG